AUGCCAGGAGUCCUGAGUCCCCAAUGGUCCCAGGUCCCACGAUACCGUUCUCUGGAUGAAUGUACAGAUGUUUCAAGAAAAUUUUCCACCUGCAACAUUAUGCCUUGUCCUACUCUACAUCUCCCCGUCACAAACAACGCAUCUAUUGAGGUUUUAAAGUUUCCUAAAAUAGUUCCAUCGAAUUACACACUUUCUGAGUGGCCAACAUGGGGCUCAUGCAUCGAUGUUUCUGGAACUGGGGGCAAAAAGGGUGAGAAGUUAAGGUCCCGGGAUUGUCUGGACGAUAUGGGUGUGGUGGCCGACUGGAAUGCCUGUAACUGUUCUUGUCCAAAUAACGAGACAAGCACAUGCUUUCUACCUGUUGACGGAGUCUGGGGCUCGUGGGGUAGCUGGAGCUGCGUUAACAAAGAGUUUUACAGAGUCAGAAAAUGUAACGACCCAGCUCCGGCUUAUGGCGGCAAAAACUGUGACGGAGACUUCGACGACAAUAACGCAACUAAAUACCGUGAUGGAGCAUGGACAGCUUGGUCUAAUUACUCUUCAUGCUCUGUCCCAAUUGGCCAUGGAGUUAAAAACAGAACCAGGGAAUGUACGAAUCCCAGUCCUUGUGGGGUUUUAGCCAGUUACUGUCCAGGAAGUAAUACAUCUGAUGCCGAAUGUGAAGAGUUCCCACCAUGUUUAGAGGGAUCAGUUUUUGGAGGGAAUUAUAUGACAAAAGAUGAUCCUUUAGUACUGUAUUCGUCAGCCAAUAUAGAGAUUCUGCCAAAAACACAAAUAACGUGUGUUUUGCCAAACCUUUACAAAAACUGGACUUUGUACUUGUGCGAUGAACACUCUGAAAACGAGACUCUGACCUAUAUGGCAGAAGCAUCACUCUUUCAGAUACGCCCGGGGGCGUUCCCGUUUGGCCUGUAUAGACUUUUUGUAAGAAUUGAGUAUUACCCAGGGUCGUAUGAGUUUGUGGAGGGAUACAUGUACUUCAAACUGCAGUUGCCUCCCCCUAACGUCAUCAUUCAGGGUGGGUCGGGGAGAAUGUCGGGUCCCGGGAAAACCACGCUUGAUGCCUGGAGUGGAUCUUAUGAUCUUACAAAGGGACCCGGGUACAGGGAUGGUCUGAAGUUUUCGUGGAGUUGUCUGGAAUUUCCGACGGAUUCCUUAGAAAUGUUGAUGACAUUUGUUAUUCCCGAAUCUUUCACAUUCUUAGCUAAUGUAACAGUAUCGUGGGAUUAUAUACAAAGCCUAGCUGUAAUGUCUGAUACAUAUCUUAACCUUGCCAGUCAGACAAAUAUUAUGUAUUUUAAUAACACUUACAGAUAUUUAAACUUAACAAAUAUUACCAAUCCCCAAAGCUGUGAAGAUUAUUCAGCAUUUACAAGGAAGAAAAACAGAAUUCCCAAUCCGUGUUUCCUCGACAAUGUGAUGAGCGCCGAACUUUAUUACUUGCUUCAAGAUUUUACCAGCAAUAACUAUAUUCAAGAAAUAUUAGCCCAUAGAGAAGUUGCACAAAGAGGCUAUACAGAUAUAAAGAAUGGUUUACCAUUGCUUAAACUAGAGCCAAACAUUACAAUCCAGGAAACAGAUAUGAUAGAGACAGAAUUCUUGCCAAGUAUGAAAUCUCUGAUCAGACAUUUACGAAUUAUGACGGAUGUUUUGACAGAAUUAAAUCGGUUAAUGUAUGGAUUUCCCAAGGAGAAUUUUACCAUCUCGACACUUCGUGAUUUCGACAAACAUCUCGUGGAUCUGACAACUGAGGCAGAAAUAAUUUCAAGUUUUAAUAUCUCAGAUAUGAUGGCAUGGGAAGCUGAAGCCUGGAACCUUGUGAUCAAGCUGUUUGAAAACAGUCAGUGUACGUCUUUCUCGGAGACUACCACGGGCUUUGCGGAAGUGGUCACUGAUCCGAAUCAUCAGACCAAAGCUGUAGGGUAUAUCGUCUCCGUCAAAGUAACUAUCCUGGACGCUGAAAACAUUUAUCAACAAAGAAUCCAGAUCGUAUUUCCGAAUUCUAGCUCUAUUACUUAUUCCAGCGAUACAUUUCCUGAUAUAAACAUAGAAUGCUUGUUGAAUUGUAAACCUAAAGUGGCCACAUCUCUAGUAAUGUCCUUACGAGCAGAGUGUAUAACAUGUUCUGCCAGCGAUCUAGCGAAGAUUGUGUAUAGCUGGAAGUUACUGGAAUUCGAUCCAACAACAAGAACAACCAGCAAAAUAAACGACUGGGAAGACUGGUUAGAAACAGAUCCAUCAGAACAGAAAUUCUUCGUCAAAGCCAAUUCGUUCCGUCGUUUGUCGUAUUACAUGCUGACGCUGAGGAUGAACAUAUCAGACGACAGGUGGGCAGAAAUACGGAUGAUUCUGGAGACGACGGAACCUCCGUAUGACGGAUACUGUAGAUACGAUACGACCAAAGAUGGUAAGCAAUUAGUGGUCAUUAAUGCAUGGAAAGAUGAAGGGUUUAGAAAGCAGAAAAAUAAAGAAAUAGACUGGAAGGAACAGAUCAGUUUUCGGUUAUUCCAGGAAGAUUCCCAAACCCAGGAGAAGACGCUCCUAUACCAAGGCAAUGAAAGGUACAUAGAGGGCAUUUAUUUCAACUAUGGACACGAAGAAGAUAAUUGGUUAAUAAAUACAUAUGCGGAGGUACUAGAUGUCUUUGAUGAUUUUACAACUUGUACUUUUCAUCCUAUCGCGGUCUAUUCCCCAAUGAUGGCCAUGAGCGUGGAAGACUAUCUACAAAAUUCACAGGCACUGAUAGAAACUGCAAUUGAACAAGAGGAUGUGGGUCUGGUUUCCAUGGCAGUAGAAACAACUAUCAGUACCACCAAUCGGGAGUCUCUUCCACCGCCGAGUUUGAUCGACACGCUGGUGGAAGACCCGGGAUCGUGGAGUAGUGUGGGUGACAACACCACAUUUGAAAACCUCUUUCAAGAACUAACCUACGUCCCAGAAGAUGUUAACUCUACCCUCGAGUUACUCACAGAGGGAAUGAAGAAUAUGACAAACCUUCUUUCAACGUCUACAAGUUCACUAAGAAUAGACACCACGGUUCGACAAAGACAAAUGGCAUUUUCCUCGGGAUCUGCUAUGGAGAAGAAGCAACUGGUCACCAAAGAAGUUAUGGCCACAGCGCUGAAUGCAACGAAUGACGUAAUUGGUAACUUCAUCAACACAUCCAAAGAAGCUAUGUUUCCUGUAUAUGAAGAUUAUCUAUCUACAUCAGAAGCUAUCCUACGAUCAGUGGAUAAUCUUCUGAAUGUUUUGAUUCCAAAACUAAGUCCAGACAUUCCAGAUACAGGUGACAUUGACGAAAUAGCAAAAGAGUAUGCCGCUUCAGAUCUCAUUAACAGUUACGAUGGAACCGGGUUUUCACCACAAGAGAGAGCUCUCUUUACUUCAAUGUCUGUGGCAUCAUACAGGGAGAAAUUAAACUCCUCAGUCGAUAUGGCGAGUAGAACUGUCCCAAGCAUGCAGAACUCCAUUGUCGAGCUUGGCACUGUACUAAAGGAGAUUACACAUAGGAAACAGUUUGAAGUAGAAGUCACUCGACCAGGAUUAACAACAAGUAUGGAAAAACUCCGAGUUGACCAGGAGAUUGACAGGAAAGAUUUAAAAAUCAAAUUGGACGUCAGUAAUACAAAUCAAGAGUUUCUGCAGGUUACCAAAUACUCAAAAACACCUUUCAUAUGGGAUUCAGAAGCAAAAAACAUACAGUCACCCACAGUUCAUAUUGUUCUGGGCGACCAAACUAAACUCCCUUCCAUAAAGACCAAGUUCAGCGUAUCUCCUUCGGUGACGAAAAGAGACGUCGUUUUAGCGUUCCCUGACGAUCCAGAAGAGUCCAGCUCACAGACUUUUUCCUAUAAAAUAUGGUGGAGGAAUCCGUUGGAUAAUUUGGUCUUUAGUGUGGAAUGUGACAACAGUACGAUGAAUACAACAUCACAUGUAGUGUAUGUCAAAAAAGACAGAAUCCCUACCGCCGGUAACCACGGAUGGUCGAAGGUGAUUGUCCCCAGUGACUGGACUGAUGUUGGUUUCUCGUGUCUGCUUCCAAUCAAUUUCUGCCCUGGACCAUGCUUGAUCUAUUUUUCAGUCCAUGUUGCAUCCAUUCCCAAACCAAGGACUUCUAGGCGUCGCCGAUCUGCUUACAACGGCACCUCAACUGCAACUUACCGUAUUAGUGGCUGGACCACAGGGUGUCGAGUGUGGGAUGGGGGCAAAUGGGAUAAAACGUCAUGCCAGUUAACUUCGGAAACUAAUGGUAAAGAGACGGUUUGUGAAUGCAAAAAUCCUCCAGGAGAUAACUUUGCCACAUCCUUCUUUGUUCCACCCAAUUCUAUCGAUUUUUCCACGGUCUUUGAUAAAUUUGACAUUUUGGGAAACGGCGCAGUGUUUGGUACAGUUACGGCUAUCAUUGUACUUUAUCUUAUUGGUCUUCUGAUAGCGCGGCGUUAUGACAAGAAAGAUCAAGAAAAGUGGAAACUGUUGUACAUGAAUGACAACCUGAAGACAGACAAAUUCGUAUAUCUGGUUACCGUUUACACCGGACUAUCUAGAAACUCGGGCACCAAAAGUAACGUCAGUUUCGUCAUGACUAGUCACCUAAGGGACACCGGGGUCCGGCAUCUCACUGACGGAGUCAAAAAGGGUUUCGAGACUGGAAGUGUUUGUACUUACGUGAUGACUGCGCAGAAUAAUCUCGGCGAUUUAACUUUCCUGAAUAUUUGGCACGACAACAGCGGAGAAGGAGGGGACGCUUCAUGGAAUCUGAUUAAAAUUGUCGUUGAGGAUGCGCAAACAGGAAAGAUAUUUGUCUUUUUCUGCAAUCGAUGGUUAAGUCUGGAUUCAGAUGAAAGUUCCAUUCAAUGCACGGUGCCUGUAUCAACUCCGGAGUCCCUACGAACUUUCAAUGUAAACUUUACGGACAACAGUCGGGAAAAUAUAACAGACAGUCAUCUUUGGCUUUCUGUGAUUUAUCGCCCAGAAAAGAGUGUAUUCACUCGUUGUGAGCGCCUCUCCUGCUGUGCAGCACUGCUUUUCUUGACAAUGAUUUCAAAUGCUAUGUUCUACGGACAAGACGAAUCUGUGGAUCAGAUACAGAUCGGUCCUAUCAAAUUCGCUCUGUCCUCAAUAUAUAUUUCAUUUAUUGGGGUUAUUAUGACCUUCCCUGUUAUCCUAGCAGUAACAAUGAUCUUCAGGAAAUCAAAGUGGUCAGAAAACUCUCAUGAGCAAGAUGAAGAAGAUGUGGAAACAUUUAAAACUCGCAGUGAAGGAGAAAAAUUCCGUUUGCCAAAGAAAUGUGUGUUCGUUGCAUAUGGUAUUGUUGCUGUUUCGAUCUUGGUCUCAGGAUUUUUUGUGGUUUUGUAUAGCAUGGAAUGGGGCAAAACAAAGUCUGAAGAAUGGCUGAAGACGUUUUUCAUGUCAUUUUUCGAAUCAAUGUUUGUGGUUGAUCCAAUCAAGGUUUUUGCAAUGGCUAUAUUUUUCUCAAUCAUCAUCAAGAAAUCCCUUGAGGAUAGUGUAUACUAUACUACAAAACUACUGAAACAAUCACAAACCAGGGCUGUGGCGUUUGCGAGAGAAACCAAAAAUAUUUCGUACUAUGGAGCACCUUUCAACGAAGAAACACUCGAGAAUAUGAAACGUAAAAGAUUAAAAGAAAUGAGAGUCAAGCGUAUUCUCAUUCAACUGCUGCUCUACCUCUGCUUCUUGGCAAUUCUUUACUUUAUCAGUUACAACAACAGGGAUCUUCACUCGUAUCACAUCAGGCAUUACUUGAGCAAUCGACUUUUACACAGCCCCGACAAAAACUGUACCCUUCAAACACUGCGUUAUGACAAAAUUCGAAGUAUUGAUGACUUUUACGACUGGUUGAGAAACACAUUAAUUCCUUUCACAUUUCCUCAGCAACUGUAUAACGGUCAGCUCCUGGACGCAUUUGAACGUCAAUACAUGGAAGACCAAUCAAAUUACAGACUGGGAGCUGUUCGACUUCGUCAGCUUCGAGUCCAAGAAGAGAAGUGUUUCAUUCCCUUGUUGACUGAUUUCACAUGCUAUGCCAGCUACUUCAUAUCUUCAGAGGAUGAGGAAUCUUACUGCCAAAGCUGGGAAUCAACUUCGUGUGCAGAUAACGCAACACUCUGGUCCGCAAAGGCAUGGCAGUUUACUAGUGCCAAAGAAGUAUGGGGUGUUCCGACUAUCGGACUUCGAGGUACCUACGGAGGAGGUGGCUUCAUCGCUGAUCUUGGAAUCCAUUUAAAGUAUGCCAACAUGGUAGUGGACGAACUUUAUAACAACACGUGGAUAGAUCGACAAACAAGAGCAGUCUUUGUGGAAUUUACUCAAUACAACAGCAAUACCAACCUUUUUACGUACGUCUCACUCAUGACUGAGUUUCCUCAAACUGGUGGUGUUUUUACGACAGCCAAUAUUUAUCCAUUGAGGGUUUAUCAACACAUAGGGAACUUUGGAGUUUUUAUAUUCCUGUGUGAAAUUGUUCUUGCAGUGUGUGCAUUAAUUUUCUUCAUCCAUUUCAUUAUGCAAAUAGUCAAACACAAAAGAGCGUUUUUCAAAGACUCGUGGCGUCUAUUUGACCUCAUCAUUUUAGUUUUGACAGUAAUUAGCAUACCUAUGUAUAUAACAAGAAUGCUUUUCACUUCAUGGACUAUCGACAAGUUUACAGAACAAAAAUUCAAGUUUGUUAACUUUGGACAUAUUGCUUUAUGGGAUGAAAUACUUAACGCAUUCAUAUCUUUCCUCGUCUUCUUGACGACUCUGAGAAUUCUCCAAGUCCUGAACUACAGUCGAAACAUAACACAACUAGCCUGUGUUUUAUCUAAUGCCAGGAGGAACUUAAUGGGUUGCUUCUUUAUGUUUGCUUUGGUCUUCUUUGCCUAUGCAGGCGUUGGAUACCUUCUCUUCGGGGCUCACCUUGCAACAUACAAAAAUAUUUUUGUUUCCAUUACGACAAUAGUAAACUCACUGAUAGGACGAAAUAGUCUUCAUGGACUAAUACAAACAUGUCCGAUUAUAGCCGAAUUCUACUAUUUUACAUUUGUAAUGUUCGUCAUCUGGAUUGUAAUGACAAUGUUAAAUGCAACCCUCAACAAAAGCAUUCAGGAAAUUAGGACUGGCAUCAAAAAAGAGGAAGAAAGAUACGGAAUAGAUGACCUUCUGCAGAAUUUUCUGAAAGAUGCCUGGCAUAUUAUCAACUUAAAAUCUCACAAGAGCUCAACUGAAACCUCCAGGCAUCGUACGACUACACCUAUGACAUCCAGAGAUGUCAGUCUGCUUUUGGAGGACUUUGACGGCAUAUCCUACAAUGAUGAUGAAUAGUAUAUAGAUGCGUUUAUUGGAAAAAAUUCAAGUACCAGGGUAUCUAUGGCACAAAGAAAAUGCAUGAAGACAAUUCUAUAUGUAAAACGCUUUCCAUCCAAUUGGAAUAUGUUAAUCAUUAAAGAUGAAAGAAACGCAUACCAAAUAAGUUGUU